CAACAUCGCUGUGGUUGACAAUGGAGAGAGCAAGGUCCACUACUGUCAGGCAGCCGCAUUCAUUCCGCUCUGCUCUAUUGAAAUUACAAAUUAAUUAUCGGUGUUACUUCACAAACGUUCUGAAAACGUCACGCGCUCAACAUGACGUCGCAAUCGUCCCACAAAUCGAAUUACGCGCUGGCCAUUUCCUUUCUGGUUCAAGAGCUGAUGGAUGCGUACGACAACGGUGAUACCGUCAAUUUGACGCAACUCAAAGGCAAGGCCUCGCGCAAGUUCAAGUUGAAGGGAAUUCCCAAAAUGAGUGACAUACUGCAGGGUCUACCGAUCAAUUACCGCAGCAAGCUAUGGCCGUACCUGCAGACCAAGCCGGUCCGUACGGCCUCUGGCGUUGCGGUCGUCGCCGUUAUGAGCAAGCCACACCGGUGUCCGCAUAUUGCCUACACUGGAAACGUUUGCGUUUACUGCCCCGGUGGACCGGAUAGUGACUUUGAAUAUAGCACGCAGGCGUACACUGGAUACGAACCAACCUCCAUGCGCGCCAUUCGAGCCCGUUACGACCCCUACAGUCAAGUCAAAGGACGUGUCGCGCAACUGCGAGCCAUUGGACAUACGGUAGACAAGGUAGAAUUCAUUGUUAUGGGAGGGACCUUUCUGAGUUUGGAUAAGGAGUACAAAGAUUAUUUCAUUCGUAACCUACACGAUGCUUUGUCGGGAUAUCAUUCGCAAACAGUGGAAGAAUCAGUUCGAUACUCAGAGCAAGCUGUUACCAAGUGCAUUGGAAUUACUAUUGAAACCAGGCCUGAUUACUGCUUAAAGCCACACUUGGAAGAGAUGCUUUCGUACGGCUGUACGCGAAUCGAAAUCGGUGUACAAAGUAUCUACGAAUCCGUGGCACGAGAAACUAAUCGCGGACAUACGGUGGCGGCUGUUUCUCACUCGUUUCAGCUAGCAAAGGAUUGCGGCUUCAAAGUUGUCACGCACAUGAUGCCGGAUCUACCAAAUAUGGGCUACGAACGAGACUUGGAGGGCUUCAAGGAGUACUUUGAAAAUCCAAUGUUCCGAAGCGACGGUAUGAAGCUAUACCCGACUCUAGUCAUCCGAGGAACGGGCUUGUACGAAUUGUGGAAAACAGGUCGAUACCAGAAUUAUACUCCAGAUCAAUUGGUGGAACUAACCGCGCAAGUUUUGAGCCUCAUUCCACCGUGGACACGUUUGUAUCGAGUCCAGCGUGAUAUUCCGAUGCCACUCGUCUCAUCUGGUGUUGAGCACGGCAACCUCCGUGAACUCGCCUUGCAAAAAAUGCGGGAGCAAGAUUUGCCGUGUCUGGAUAUUCGAUCGCGAGAAGUUGGGAUGAAGCAGAUUCAUCACUCCGUCACGCCUGAUCAGGUCGAACUAGUGCGGCGCGACUACGUUGCCAAUGGCGGAUGGGAAACUUUUCUUAGCUACGAAGAUCCGACACAGGACAUUCUGAUCGGGCUGCUGCGAUUGCGCAAAACAUCGCCUGCUGCAUGGUUGAAGGAAGUUGCCGAAUAUCCUUCAAGUAUUGUACGAGAAUUGCACGUAUACGGCACUGCUGUUGCCGUCUCGGCUCGCGACCCGACUCGUUUUCAGCAUCAAGGCUUUGGUAUUCUGCUAAUGGAAGAAGCCGAGCAUAUUGCCCGGGACGAGCACGGGUCCAAAAAGUUACUCGUCAUUGCGGGGGUCGGAACGCGGCACUAUUACCGCAAGAUGGGGUACCACCUGGACGGACCGUAUAUGAGCAAAAUGUUGCUGUAA